AUGUGCUUUGAAGCCAUGAUUCCAACUUCCCAAGGUCUUCCCGAAUUCCUGGCCCAGACAGACUACCAGGUUCCUCACGAUGAUCAAAAAGGCCUUAUACAGUACGGCUUACGGACUGACAAGUCUUUCUUCGGUGUUCUACAAGAGAACCAACGAUUGGGCGCAGCUUUCAACCGCUUCACGACGGUCUAUGCGCAACAACGGCCACGCUGGGUGGAUUUCUACCCGUGCGAAGAACGAUUGCUUUAUGGGAUGAAUGCAUCUACCGGACCACUGCUCGUCGAUGUCGGCGGGGGAUUGAGCGGGGAGAUUCGCGCCUUUCACACCAAGUAUCCGAUGGCUCCUGGGCGCCUCAUUCUAGAAGAUCUUCCAAAUACGAUCAGUCAAGUCGUUGCAACGGAUCCCCCCCUCCCUGCGGCUGUCGAGCCAGUUGAGCAGGACCUCCUCACUCCCCAGCCGCUUGAGUAUCAACAUGCCCGUGCAUACUUCCGACUUUUGAUCCUUCACGACUGGCCUGAAGACAAGUGCCGCGCCAUUCUGUCUCAUUUGCGCAACGCCAUGAAACUUGGCUAUUCGGAAAUUCUGAUCAAUAAAAAUGUCCUGCCUGGUACUGCGGCGCCGUGGCAGCAAACGAGCCUAGUCUGGACCAUGAUGGCCAUGCUAGCCUCUCAGGAACGAACUCGUAGCCAGUGGAGUCAGAUGCUGAUGGCCGUUGGAUUGAAGAUUGUGGAUAUAUAUUCAAUAGAUCCUACGAGCGAGAGCCUCAUCGAGGCUACGCUUCCCGACAAAUAA